CUGAAAUAUUAUAUGUGAAUAAAGAGUGCUGCGUCUUAUUAUUUGCAUAUGAUUAUAAAGACAAGUACUAAGUUAUGUAUUUAUACACUUUGACGUUGGCGUAAUACACAGAACUAUGAGAUUAAAAAUUUAAAUAUAAUAUUGUGAAGCUCGUUCCAUUAUGAUUUAUAUUAAUUAUUUAAUAUUAUAUAAACUGAUGCAUAAAAUUAAAAGCACCACAUGUACUAAUACAGUCGUAUUUAAGAGGGAUCUUAAGUAGAAUUUAGUCCUUGAAGUUAAACUAGUUGUACUAGUACUAGGGCAGGUGACUUUCCACUAUUAUUCUGAGACCUAUUACUAUUAGUACUAGUAGGGCUAUCCUUUAACUUUAAAGUUAAAAUAUGAAAAUACUUUCAAUUUCAUGUUACUAGAAGUAUACAGUAGUAGGGCUCAUAUUGAUAAACCUUUUUUUAAUAUAUAUUUUUUGCCUUCUUAAGCUCAAUGUUUAGCUCAAGUGAAUGAAAAGUGUACAAAAAUAUGUAUUUUAUUUUAGAAUGCAGAAUAGUAAUUUUUUAUAUAAUUAAACUGUGGUAUGUGGGUUUUUUGUGUGGGAAUUGUUUUUAGAUUUGGAUUAGUGUAUAUAUAUAUAGUAUAGAAUAAAAAAAAAAUGAGAGUUGAUCACAAUGAAUGAUUACUUAAUCUGAAACUAACAAAAUUAAUAAUAAAACAGUAAUAAAUUUGAUAAAAAAAUCCAAGUUUUAUGUAAGAGUUUGAGUAGAGAUUCCUGUUAACAAAAGAGUUGACACUAAAGCAGGUGAUGACAAUUAACCAUGAAUGACCCGUACUUGCAAACCUUCAGUAAGCAGCACAAUACACUUCACAAGAUAAGUCCUAUUCCAUUUGUCAGAGCAUCUAAACAAUACCUUUAUGAUGAUCAGGGAGUUGAAUACCUGGAUUGUAUCAGCAAUAUUUCCCAUGUUGGACAUUGUCAUCCUCGUGUUGUUGAUGCUGCUAGAAUUCAAAUGUCCAAGAUGACAACUUCAGUUGGUUUGUUAUGUGAAACCCAGGUUCGCUACAUAAAGAGAUUGGUGGAGACACUUCCUGAACAACUGUGUGUAUGUUUUUUAGUUAAUUCAGGUUCAGAAGCCAAUGAUAUUGCCCUAAGACUAGCCAGAAGUUAUACUGGAAAUGAAGAUGUAGUAGUCAUAGAUAAAGCUUACUAUGGAGCUCUGAGUAGCUUGGUUGAUAUCAGUCCUUACAAGUUUGGAAACUCAGAGAGCAAAGAAGGAGUUCAAGUUGUUCCUCUUCCUGACACAUACAGGGGUCUCUAUCGAGAAGAACACCACAAUGUUGGAGAACUAUAUGCCUUGGAUGCAGAGAAGGUUGUUGCUAGAGCUUUAUUAAAAGGGAGAAAGAUUGCUUGCUUUAUCUCAGAGCCAAUAAUAGUGAGUGCUGGUGUGAUAAUACCUCCAAAAAACUACUUAAAACACAUUUACAGCUAUAUUCGUGGGAUAGGAGGUGUUUGCAUUGCUGAUGAAGUUCAGAGUGGUCUUUCACGCACAGGGGAACAUUUUUGGGCUUUUCAGUCACAUGAUGUUGUACCAGACAUUGUAACAGUUGGAAGACCAUUAGGAAAUGGACAUCCAAUGGCAGCGGUUUUCACCACGAGAGAAAUAGGAGAUAAAUUAACAGAUUUUGUCUCAUCUUUUGGUGGCAACCCUGUGUCUUGUGCUAUUGGAAGUGCUGUGUUAGAUGUAAUGUACAAUGAAAAGCUGAUGCUAGCUGCUAAAUGUGUUGGCCAGUGUUUAAUGGAGGAGCUGAAAAAGUUAAAGACAAGACAUACCUGUAUAGGAGACAUCAGCUGUGAUUGAUAUACAGUACUGCUUCAUUAUAACAAUACCAUUGGGAGCCAUGUGCACUCGAGACUGCUAUAGGUGGGGCAGUGUUAUAACAACUUGUCAAGAAGGCACUCGUGCUGAAUAACUACAGAUUCAACAGACUACUAAAGCAAUCAAUUAAAUAACUUUAUUUACAUAGGGAAAAUAUAUAUGAAAAGAACAUUG